GAAGAAGGUUCACUCCAGCAGCGGCAACAGCACCCAGGCGCCAGCAGCGAACAGGGGGAGCAGCGGGGUGAUGGCGAGUCGGCUGCAGGCGGGGUGGUGGCAGUGGGGAGUGUGCCGCUGAGCCCACAGGAGCAGCUGCGGGUGCUGCAGGAGGAGCUCCGGCUGUACAACCCCAUGCUGCUGGGCGCCCCCGCCCUGGUGGUGGUGAACAAGCUGGACCGCUGCAGCGACCCGCGGGUCGCCCUGCGCGCCCUCAUGGCCGCCACGCACCUGCCCAUCCUGCCCGUCUCGGCGGCGCAUGGUGUGGGGCUGGUGCGUCUGAAGGAGGCGUUGAGGGCCGUUGUGGGGGCGGCAGGGGCAGGGACGGCACCAGCGGCAGGGGCAGCGGCGGGGACGGCACCAGCGGCAGUGGAUCAACAGCAGCAGCGGCAGCAGAGGGCGGCGGCAACAGCGGUGCAGCCAUCGAUGAGGUCGAAGCCGCAGCAGCAGCGGUAGCAUGCGGUAUUGCUGUGUGAGCAGCAGUGGCUGCAGUGGCUGCUGAUGCUGGGCGGCAGAUGCACCAGGGGUGGGGGUUGUAGGUGGCACAAGCGGUAGGGUGAAUUUGCAGCGCCAUUCGCAGGCCCCUCGUACAGAAGUUUGAACCUCCAUCAUAGGCCCGGGUUACUGUGUAAGCCGCCUCCCAAGGGUGGCAUUUGUGUUUGGCAGGGCACUGGGCCAUGAUGAAGGCUACAGCAUGGAAAUGUCCUGCUGCAGCUGUACGACAUGUGGUUACGGGUCGAACUCAACAAGGGCUCGCGGGGAGCAAGGUUACGCUUAAGGGUGUGCUCCUUCGGGGUAGGCUCUGCACGUGGUGGUUUAUGACCAGGCCUCGCGCGGUACAUGCCGGUUAGGAAUGUGGUGGUACAUGACUGGGGCCACUUAGCUGUGCACGUAUGCAGGACAUAGCCCCUCUUUCCAGCAAGCAAUCUAUUUGCGGUAGUCGUUGGCUAAAUUCCAGUGGAAACAGGCUAGGUGUUGGGAUGGAUGGGUUCGGGUUGACAGAAUAGAUUUGGCAGCAACGCAGGACAGCGAAUGUUAUUCAGCCAUUGUUUGCUAAUGCUUGUGUUGCAAACGUCUAGCUACAGACUGGCGAGCGAUGCUUAUUGCUGGUGCUGCGGGAGUUGUGUACGACGUCCUGCUGUGCUGUGCUGUGCUAGGGCCUACCUCAGCUUCGCAAGGACGCAGCUUCGUGAGCCAGUAUAUUGGUUAAGCAAUAACCCAAAAGUUUGCAACGGUGCCGGCAUGGUAGCUUCUGAGGGUAGCAUUAAACGAAAGACCGUAAUUCGCUACUCGAAGUGCGACCUUAAGCACAAUAUAGCAGACAAGCCAUUCUUAAGACCAUUUUCAGCAAGUCUAUACCUGACUUCAGCAAAUUGAGCGUUGCUACCAAUUUGGCACCAUCUGGUCCUGGAGCCCCUAAUUGCUUAGAAAACUCCUACUGUUAAGUAAAUUGUAGAGCUGAACUCACUAGCGGGACACCGGCCGCCGCUGCGCGAUGCACUCCGCAGCGGCGCGCCGUCACAUGCACAUGGUGUUGCACCGAGCCAACACAACCGGCGCCCAGCAGUGCGGCUAAAACCCCUAUUGAGAACGUCCUCUGAUGCUGCUACGGUAGACAGGGGCCGUCUCGCCCCCGUUCAGGCGAGGACCUCCUCACCGGCACCUGUCCGCGACCUAUGGGCUUACGACGGCAGCAGCGUGGCUGAGAUUCAGCUUGACAGCUUCAAGCUCUUCCACCGACUGAGCUUCGGGCACCGGAACCCCCGGUCGUACGUGGUGGUGCUGUACGACCCGGCCAGCCCGGCCUGCAGGGCGCUGGAGUUCCAGAUUGAGCGCCUAGCUGCGGGCCUGCGCCACAACCCCGCCGUCUCGGUGGCCAAGCUCAACGCCGCGCAGCCACCGGUGCGGUCCUUCCUCGCAGCUGCCUUCAACGGCUUCGGCGGGGGGCCGUACGACGGCAGCAGCGUCAGCAGCAACCUGCCUGUCGUACUGCUUUACCCGGAGGCUACCACUGGCUACGUGCGGUUAAAAGCCCGCAGCCCAACCGCUGAGGACAUCCUGCAUGGAAUCAACAAGCUGUACGGCAAACUACUUCCCAACCGCCAACCGUUGGAGCUGAAAAACGUAACGGACAUGCAGCUGGCAGAGAUGAUGUACGGCGGUGCUGACGACGGUGACGCUGAGGUGGGCAGUAGUACGGCAACGGCGUCGUCGUCGGCGGCGGCAGGACUAGCGCGGCAGCGGCGUCGGGAGGAGCUGCGGCGGCUGAUGGAGGAGGUGGCGGCGGCGCGGGAGGAGGCGGCGAAGAAGGCAGCGGAGGCAGAGGUGGAGGCGGCAGGAGCGGCUGCGGAGGCCGCUGCUGCUGCCAAGUUGGAUUCGAGCAGCACGGUAGCGGGACAGCAGCAGGGGAAGGGGAACAGCAGGAGCGGAAGUAGGACGGCGGCGGUGGCUGCUGCUGCGGCGGCACCAACCCCACCCGGCCGGUACUGGGGCCCGGACAAGGCGGUGCUGUGGGGCUUGGUGGCGGGCCUCAGUGCUCUGGCUUUUGCAUGGGACGUGUGGCUGGCAGAUGCAUGGGACCGCUGGCAGCUGCAACGCCGCCAACGCAAACGCGCGCGGGGAGUCAAGUACGACAAGCAGCAAGACAUGGAAGAUCUGGGCAUCAUGGUGUACGACAGUUUGUUGGAUACGACAGCUAAACAGGAUGCCGUACUUGGGGCCAUGGUUGAGGAGGCUGCUGCUGUUGCUGCGGAGGGGGAGGGAAGGCAGGAAGAGGGGCAGGGGAAGGAGCAGGACGAGAAGGCGGGAGAGCAGUGGAUCGAUGUGGAAGGCCGGGUGACAGAGGCGGUGAAAAAUAAAUGAGAAGUGGAGCAACUGCAGGGGUGGGAAGGGCGAGGGAAAGAUUGUGUAGGAGAUGAAGGCCUUUGAAAGAAGUUGUUAGGAGCUUAAAGGAGUUGACAGGUAGGGGAUGAUGAAAAGAUCUUUCGAGCGUGGUGAGGUGGGUGCAGGGCUGUGUAAGGGCAUAGGAGGAGCGGGGGAUGAACGGCUAGCCCUUGGGGGAGGAGCCUAGACCGGCCAGCCCUUGAAGCAACGUAGCUUUAGAUGGCAUACCGUAACCAAAGGAUCUUGUCCGAAUGCAGGUGUGUGACCCACUGCCGUUACCACAAUCUGCCUUAAAACCCUUGCCACGUUUCCUACAUAUAACCCAUUCA